UGUUAUUGAUCCAAGUCUUAAAGACUCAGUUACAAUUUUAAGCUAUAAACAUUUUUACUAUAAAGAAUGCAUUGGUGAUACAUGUUCACUGUAUCAAGAACAAACUAUUAGGAUUGAAAAUGCAUCGAUUUAUUGUCAAGAAAGUAGCUGUCCUAUUAACUCAUUAUUGAAUUUAGAACAUGCCAAUAUUUUUACUUUACUUACUGAAUUUACUGAACCCAUAUUUACUGAAUCUAUUGAAACUAUCAAACCUACAUUUACUGAAUCCACUAAACCCACAUUUACUAAAUCUGCUAAAUUCACAUUUACUAAAUCCACUGAAUCAACCAAACUUAUUAAAUUUAUCGAAUCUACAGAAUCUAAUAAUAUGCUUGUUAAAUUCACUGAACUUACCACCUCUUUUAUAUCAGUUGAAUAUACUGAAUCUAUUGCUUCUGUAGAUUCUACAAAUUUUACUUCUGCACCUAUUGAGUCAAUUGAAUAUGCUGAGGCAUUCAAGUCUACUAAAUCUAAAACAAUCAAAUUAAAAGCAAUAUCUAAAAAAACACAAAUGAUUCAGUUAUUAAAAGAACUAAACAUGCCU